AUGCGCGCAUCUGGAGCUCUUCUCUGGACCUUUGGGACGCUGUCAUCCUUUGCGAGCGCCAUUGCUGGGACUCCGCUCACCGACGAUGACCUGCGCAACAUUCCCUCGCCGGGCGACGACUUUGACAUUGACAACGGCAAGCUGCUGGCGCCGAUCCUGAUCCCGCGCGUCCCCGGCACGCCGGGCCAGGCAGCAGCGCAGGCGCACCUCGUCGACUUUUUUCAGACCAAUCUACCCGGAUGGGAGCGCAUCUGGCACAAUUCGACGUCCAAGACGCCGGCGACAGGCGACCGCGACGUGCCGUUUAACAACCUCAUCCUGCGGCGCGAUCCGCCUUGGGCCAGGGCCGGCGACGUCGGGCGGCUGACGCUCGUGGCGCACUAUGACAGCAAGCUGACGCCGCACGGGUUCAUCGGGGCGACGGAUAGCGCGGCGCCGUGCGCCAUGCUCCUGCACGCGGCGCGCAGCCUCGACGCGGCGCUCGAGGCGCGCUGGAAGGCCAUGGAGGAGGCCGGCGAGGCGGACACGUCGCUGGAGCCGGCGACGGGGCUGCAGAUUCUGUUCCUCGACGGCGAGGAGGCGUUUGAGCAGUGGACCGACGAGGACUCGCUGUACGGCGCGCGCGCGCUCGCCGCCGACUGGGAGCGCGACUUUUCCGGCGGCGGCAUGUCGACGUACCGCACGUCGCUGAGCUCCAUCAGCCUCUUUGUGCUGCUCGACCUGCUCGGCGCCGAAUCGCCCUCGAUCCCCUCGUACUUUGCCACGACGCACUGGGCGUACCGCAAGAUGGCGCUAUUAGAGACGCGUCUCCGCGACCUCGGCCUGCUCGAGGCCAAGGCGCGCCGCCCGUUCCUGCCCGACGCCGACAAGUCGGUCGAGCAAUUCCGCCACAUGGGCGCCGUGCAGGACGACCAUGUGCCGUUUAUGCAGCGCGGCGUGGAUAUUUUGCAUUUGAUUCCGUCGCCGUUUCCGCAAGUCUGGCACACGAUGCACGACGACGGCGAGCACCUCCACAUGCCGACGACGAGGGACUGGGCCAAGAUUGUGACGGCGUUUGCGGCCGAGUGGCUGGACCUGACGGGCAAGUUGCCGCAGCUGGCGUCGGCAAGGGAGAAGAGGUCAAGGACGGAGACGGUGCCGGCGACGGAGCGCACGGAUUUGUGA